AUGGUCAAGCAAUCAGCAAAAGAAACAGAGGCAAAGCCACCUCCCGAAAAACCGCCACCAGACCCGCCAGCACGUUCUCCGCCAGACACGCCACCAGACUCGCCACCACAAACGCCUCCAGACCCACUACCGCAAACGCCACCAGUCACAUCACCAGACUGUCCACCAAAAGUACCGGCAGACCCGUCGCCAUACUCUCCGCCAGUUACGCCACCAGAAUUGCCACCAGAAACCCCAACAAAAUCGCCUCCAGACCCGUCACCAAAUUCUCCGCCAGCUACGCCAACAGAAACGCCACUAAAAUCGCAGCCAGAUACGCCACCAAACUCUCCGCCAGCUAAGACACCAGAAUCGCCACCAAAUCAGUCAUCAAAAUCGCAGCCAGACCAGCCAUCAAACUUUGCACCAGAUACGCCACCAGAAUCGCCCCCAAAUCCGCCAACAAAAUUGUAG